AUGAGGGAGUCAAGAGGUGCAGAAACUUCACAAAGGUCACAAUCAUUUAGCGGUGGAGAGUCAUAUGAAUAUGGCACAGAUAACGAAAGUAAUAUUAACGAUUUGGACCAGAGCGAAGAAAUGGAAUCAUCUCAUGGCAACCAAGAAGUCCGCAGUACAUCGAAUAGCGAUCAGCUAACCACUCAAUCAGAGAAUGACAAUGACAAUAUAAGCACAAUUCCGUUAAAAUCAAUCACUUCUACCUCUACAAAGUCGCCUUCUGUAUUGAGUACAAACCAGGAUAACAAUUCAUACGUUGCAUCGACUGCUGAAACAUCACUUGCACCAAGUGUGCAUGCAAAUUCUGUAACAUACCAAACAUUAAACCCUCACAAUAGUCAAUUACAACUGCUGACGUAUGAUAGAGACAGCGAAUCCAUAGUCACCUUGGCAAGCUCGUCUAGAAGAACUAGAAGAAGAAGUCUUGAAACGAACAGCAGUACUGCAGGUAUUCCACCAGCCAGUAUCAUGGAGAGACUAGCCAUUCAUCCAAAUGCUGCUAGCAGCACUUAUACCGCAAGUAUCCAUAAUGCAAAUGAUAGAACAAGUAUGUACAAUGCGAAUAUGGGAGCAUCUCAAUCGAGCGUUACAGACUUGAAUGAUCAAGCAAGUUCCGUCAAUUAA